GGGCUGUGUAUAGCAUUGGCUCCAUUAUUUAGUAUGGACCACGCCUUACGAGUCCGAAUGCGAGCGCAGGCAACCGUCUAACUGGCUGGCCCACCGAGUUCAUCUUACACGGAACCCUGCCAGGUUCGCAUAUAAAGGUGCAUUGCCAAGUCGCCAAGAACUGUUCUGCGAUAUAUGACUGCAGACAUUUGUCGUAACUCUCAAGCGCUACAGCCAAUAACUUGUCUGUCAUCAUGCGAACCUCAAACUCAUUCAUGGCAAGCCUUCUGGCUCUUGCAUCCUCAAGUGUCGCACAAAUCGUCGAAACUGCAAAUGGUGCGAUACAAGGCGGAAAAUGCAGCAGAACGGAUUCAAGGUAUUUCGUGGGGAUUCCAUACGCUCAACCGCCUGUGGGAGAACUACGAUUGAAAGCACCGCGACCAUUUACUGCAUCCUAUAAUGGCACCUUCAAUGCAACAGUCGCCCCACCUUCUUGUAUACAGUUCAACGAAUUGUUCGCUGAGUCUAACACACAGAGCGAAGACUGUCUCUAUCUAGAUAUCUGGACGCCAAGCACAGCUACGGCUGACUCGAAACUUCCUGUGAAAGUAUGGUUGUAUGGAGGUAGCAACGAAGCAGGAGGAAUCUCGGACCCGACGUAUGAUGGCUGUUAUGCAACAUCGGACUCUAUAAUUGUGUCCAUCAGCUACCGUACCGGACCUCUUGGUUUUCUAGCCCUAUCAAGCCUAGGGCUGGAGGGCAACUUUGGCAUCCAAGAUCAACUUCUGGGUUUGCAAUGGGUUCAGGAAAACAUCGCAGCUUUUGGUGGUGACAACACUAAAGUGCUUUUGUUCGGACAGUCCGCUGGUGCGACCGACGCAUACGUCUUGUCCACCUUGCCACAAGCACCUAAACUCUUCAGCGCGGCUGCACUGGAGUCGGGAGGCGGCCGGGACCCAGCCACCCCUCAGAAAGUCCAAAGUUGGCAGCAGCAUUUCCUAGAUGCACUGAACUGCAGUUCUUCCGAUCUCUCCUGUGUGCUCUCAGCUUCGGCCGAUGCUUUCACAGCAGCAGACAGCGCCAUGCCAUCGGAAGUUGCUCCAGGAGCAACCACACCGUUCAACAGGGAGGGUGCUCGUGCUACUUGGGGACCCGUGUUCGAUGGCCAGGUCAUCCCGGAGCUACCAACGAAGGCAGGCAACCAGGUUCCCGCAAUCUUUGGCUUCAAUGCCGCAGAGGGAACACUUUUCGUCUUUGGUGAAUACCUCGCAGAUACUUUCAAGCUGAACCAGUCCGACUACGACGAUUUCCUCACGUAUAACUUUGGCCCUCUGGCGCCCAAAGUCAACGAGACGUACUCGGUUGACAAGUUCAACAGCUCGCAGUACCCAUACUUCGCUGCCAUGUCGACGAUUCUCGGCGAGGUCUCGUAUAAGUGUCCAGCAUACCGGGCUCUCUUAGCAUCUGAGAAGAACGGCAUCCCGGCAUGGACUUAUGAGUUCAGCCACAAGCCCAGCUGCGCGUGGUACGCCAGCAUUCCAUACUCGAUUUUGUCGUACGUCGGUGCGACACAUACUGCUGAGAUACCUUUCGUGUUCAACACAACCCACAACAUGCCACUGCCCGGUGGGAACUGUACGUUCACGACCGCGGAACAGUCUCUGGCGGCGGCCAUGAGUGAAGCGUGGACGAGCAUGGCCGAUUCCGGCAGCCCUGGUGCCAAAAGCGACUGGCCACAAUGGACGGGGAACUCCUCUGCCGGAGUCAACAUUGAUGUGUCGAUGGUAGUAGGAACGGUGGACUACAAGAGUUGCCUGUUUUGGGAUGCCAUUUACGACGAGUCGGUCAAGAUUGUUGGAUGAUGUUAAGCCACCGAAGUAUCAUUGUACGCUUCUAUUAAGUAUAUAUUGCAUAACAAAAUUUCAUGACACACCUGAGGACUGAAGUAAUCAUAUUAGCAGAAGAACUUGACAUGAUUUGGACAUGAAAUGGGACACCACAACGUUAACAACGCAAACGUUAGGAGCAAGAGUCGGCAAAAAGGAGCGCAGGAUCCGGAGCAAAUUAGUAGGAUAGGAGAUUAUUAACGAACAUGGUGAAUAUCAACGAUUUAGAGUACGUCGUGGACUAGAAUAUAGAAAAAAUAUCAGUCUUGGUACUCUAACAACUCGGAGAACUAGUUAACCCCAGGCACAUUCAUGGACG